CAAAAGGUGUUAAAGUCGCUAAGCCUAUGUUCCUUGAGUAUAAUGUAUAUAAUGUCCCCGAUGGACAAUGGUCUCAUGAAUACGGGAAGCAAGUUGGGAGUUGUGCUACUAGAAUUAAUAUUAACGUCCCAUUAUAUCCAAAGGUAGAUGAGCAAAUCAAGAAGGGGUUUUGGGAGGAGACUAAGCUUAUGUUCCACAUUACUGAUGAUUCUAAUCAUUCGAGGGAGAAAUAUUUUCAUUCUUGUGUGGCGAAACGAUUUAGUUGUUUCAAGAGCAAGUUGGUGCGCCGAUGGAUAACUAUGAAGGAAAAGAAGCCAAAAAAUCAAACAAACAAGAUGCCUUGGGAUGUCUACAACCAUAUCACAGAGGAUGAUUGGAAGACUUUUGUUAAACAUUAUUUCCUGCCAGAGUCAUUGCUUCGUAGUGAAAAGGCGAGGAAAAGUGCAUCAUGCAACAAGAACCCACAUCGCACCGGCCAAAAGGGUUAUAAUAGAAAGCGACUAGAUUGGAUAAAGGAUGGACGACUUCCACCAGAUGCAGCUUUACCUAUCUCGAGUAGCUCCUCGGUGAACUCAUCAGUGACCUCAAAUGUUAAUAGAGUUAGAAAAUACAGAUCAAAGGAGUGGAUUUUGGCCCAUCAAGUACAAAAUAAAGAGGGAAAGUGGGAAAUUGACCCGAACGAUACAGAAGUUGUUGAAAUCGCAACAAAAGCUAUAAGUAGCGAUAAUUAA